GCUCGUAACGAAAUUCUAAACAAAAAUGGCGCAAGAAAUUGAGACUCCGACGUCAACAACAGCAUCAGGAUCCGAGAAUCCACCGAAUCCGUCUAGUUCAUCAAAAUCCGAUCCUAAGCAGUUACCACCAUUCUAUGGCUUUGCAGCACCAAAUGGCGAACUCCCAAUGUUUCCAAUCAUGUAUCCAACACUUGUUCCUGGUAUAUACCCUCCCCAGCAAGGUCAGGAACAAAUGGAUCAUGGAGCUGGCAUAUAUGCAGUUCCCACCUUUCCAAAUUCAUUCAUGGGGCCAAUUGCUGGAUUCCCAUCCAACCAUCUCAUCCCUUUUACUUACAACGUUCCUACCAGUGGACCGAGUCCUUCUGAAGCUGGAACAGGGGGUGAGGAGCAAGGGCAAGUAGGACAGCAGCAACAACAGCAGGGUGGACAACAAAGACAAGUUGUGGUCAGAAGAUUCCAAAUUGCAAUUCAUCUUGAUUUGUUGCUCAUAUUAAAGUUGGCAGCAGUUAUUUUUUUGUUCAACCAAGAUGGCUCAAGAAAACGGCUUGUUUUACUCAUAUUUUUCGCUUCACUAAUUUAUCUGUAUCAAACUGGAGCUCUUGCACCAUUAAUACGAUGGCUUUCACAAGGAAUGCAGAGGGCUGCUGCACCUCCUCAACAACCAAGACCAGCUGCUAGGGCAGAUAACGCCCCUGCGGCUGCAAGGCAAGAAAACGAGAAUGCCCCUUUGGUAGCAGAUGGAGAAGGUGCAGCAGAAAAUGAGAACCGGGUGGCGGGUGAUGUAAAUCAGGGCGAGAACGAACGUGAACAUGGUGGUGAAUUGAAUGGAAACAACAGAUGGUGGGGGAUCGUAAAGGAGAUACAAUUGAUCGUUUUUGGCUUCAUCACUUCUCUUCUCCCCGGCUUCCAUAACAUCGAUUAAGAACCAAAUUGUUAAACGAUUAGGUUUAUAUACUUCGGCCGUCAUUUGCCAGAGAUUGCAGGUUUGAACGUUUGCUAUUUCAAGAAAGUUCAAAAAAUAUGAUGACAUUUUGUAUCUUCAGUUUUCCUUAUAUGGCAAUAUCUGAACAUGUUUGAG